GAGAGAGAGAGAAAGAGGGAGAGAGAGAGAUCGAAAUGAGAUCCAUAACGAGGUUGUGUUCGGUGAUGCACAGACUCAUCUCCGUUUUCUUCUCCGCAUGGCUCCCCCAUGCUUUGAAGAUCACACUACUCUCCGCCAUUCUGGCCGUGAGCGCCGCCGCACAUGCGAUCACGGACUACAAAUACAACGCCAUGAUCAAGAAGAGGACUUCCAGGUUCGUUUACUACCGCCACAAGAGCCACUACUACUACUACUUCUCGCGGCGGCGGCCGCCGUCCUCGGCGGAGGCGCUGGAGUGCGCGAUUUGCAUAACGGAGUUCUCGGACGGGGAGGCGGGGAUGGAGCUGGAGAGGUGCGGGCACAGGUUCCACGCGGGGUGCAUGGAGAAGUGGAUGGCGCAUGGGACAGGGCAGGCGAACUGCCCCCUCUGCCGGGCUCCGGUGGCAAGGGAAGGCGCAGUGGAAGAGCACCGGAAAGUGAAGAGUGAAGGGCGGCUGCUGAGCAACGCGUUCCGGGAAGAGUUGGGGCUUCUUUUGCUUUCGGGGUUGAGAGGCGUAAGUUGCUGUCAGGGACACAAUACAGCGGACUGCAAGUUGACUAGGAAUCAUUAAAUUUGUGGGGUUAUUACAUUGUUUCAAGAUUGGCGAUUAGUGGAUGAUUUUCCAUGCGUUAGAUAGGGUUUGUUAGUUGAAGUCUUGAAUAGUGAGUAGUCAACAAUGGCAGGGUGGCUGCUGGUAGUGAUAUAUAUUUAAGUUAUAAAAUUGAUUUGUAUAUAUAAUUCAUUAAAUGAAAU